AAACUACUAGUUGCGUUAAAAGUACGUUUUAAAUUGAUGAAUCGCUGUAGUUUGGUGAGGUGAACGUUAAUUCACAGCCCUGUCAGGAUGAGGUCCGGACUGUCCCUCCGACCAGCGCAUUUGUCCUCCCAGACGCCGACAGACGAAAACACACGAGGCGAGGUAAAGGUGAAUACAUCUCUACUCGUCGGCUGGAUUGUGAUAACAUAGCAGAGGUGAUAACGGAUGAUCGCCAAUACCAGACCCAUCCUUCAGACCUUCCGUGGACUACGCCUACUUCUCUGUACAGUCAGAACUUCAGCUGUAGGAUCAAGGAUGGAAGGAACCGUUAGUGGAGCAGAAGCUAAGUUAGACACUGGGACUGAAGCUGAAGAGAACCAUUCAGAAGGACACGAGGACACAGCAGCUAUGUCAAGUACUGACACCCCCUCUAAUAGCAAUGAUGUCACCACCAGUGGGAAAUUCAACAAGAGACAUCAUGACACAAAAGAGCCGAGAUCCUACAGAUGGAAAAAGGCAAAGCUCCAGAGUAAGCCAGGUGGGGAUCCUGACUGGGAGAGGCCGACAGCCAAGAAGAGGAAGGUGGCGUGUCUGUUGGCCUACUCAGGGGUAGGGUACAUGGGCAUGCAGAGAAAUCAAGGGUUUAAGACGAUUGAAGAGGACUUGUUGGCAGCUUUCUACAAGGCUGGGGCAAUCCCUAAGGACCACAUGGACUGUAUGCAAAAGAUGCACUUCCAGCGCUGUGCCCGUACAGACAAGGGUGUGUCAGCAGCUGGCCAGAUCGUGUCCCUGAAGAUGUACAUGAUUGAAGACGCUGUCCAAAAGAUCAACGACUGCCUGGCUGAAAGCAUCAGACUUAUUGGGAUCAAGAGAACAACCAAUGGCUUUGACUCUAAGAAUGCUUGUGAUGCUCGCACGUACAUGUAUGUCCUGCCCACAUACUCCUUUGCACCAACCAAGGAGGAAACUGAACAAGACUUCAGAGCAACAGAUGAUGUCAUGGAGAAAGUGAAUGAUGUCCUGUCUGCAUACAAGGGGACCCAUAAUUUCCAUAACUUCACCUCGGGGAAAAAAUUCAAGGACCCAAGUGCCAAGAGGUACAUCAUUGAAUCCAAGUGUCUGGACACAUUUGUACGGGAUGACAUUGAGUGGACUGUCAUCUCCAUCAAGGGUCAGAGCUUCAUGAUACAUCAGAUUAGGAAGAUGAUCGGGAUGAUGUUGGCAAUAGUGCGAGGGUUGGCACCACGGUCCAUGUUGGAGAGGGCCUGGCAGGAGGGGAAGUGUGACAUUCCAAAGGCACCUGGACUUGGUCUGGUCCUGGAUAAGGUUCAUUUUGACCAUUACAACAGAAAGUAUGGAGGAGAUGGACUCCAUGAAGCUUUGGAGUGGGACGAGCACCAGGAGACAGUGGAGAAGUUCAAGGAACAAUACAUCUACCCCACCAUCAUCAAGGCUGAGAAGGAGGACAGGGUUAUGCAGCACUGGUUAUCGACCCUCCCACUACACAGGUAUGAAGGCCUGAGUGAAGAGGAAACGUUAACAGACAACCUUACAGUUACACAACUCCAGGAUGGGGAAGCACAGCAAACAGCUGAAGUAGACACUGCCGAGGACAGCAGUGCAGAGACCGGUGAUGAACCUGCUAAAGAUGAACCGUCAUCUUCCAAUGAAGACACCAUGCAGCGAGCCGUGGACACGUGACAACUAAACAAACAUGAUGUCUGGCAUGUACUAGAGCUGUUCUGUUAUCAUGUUUCACAGUAGCAGUUUUAUACCUACAUUCUGCUACCAUUUCAGGAGACCAACUGUGUCAAUGUCAAGCGUUUACUUUAAUAUUAUUGUUUUUGAUAAGUAAGACACUUCUGACUGUUCUGUUGAGCCAUUAUGGCUUCUGCUGUUGUCAGCCUAAUGUAAUCAGAUUGUGGUCUCUAUGCUAACAGAAGGUAUCAAAUGAGUUUCUUGAAUAAAAAUACAAUUUUCCUUGGAAUUAUUAGACUAAUAUGAUAUCUGUUAACAGUUGUAAUGUGCUGUUUAUCUAUAUCUAUAACCUCUACACACAACAAAAGCUCAGUUUACUGGAACUUUUUAGGAGUGAUGAACCAGGAUUGGAAUGAUUUAAUCAAGUCUAGCAGCACUAGUCAUGUAACUGGUCUUGAAUGUUAACAUGAGU